CACGCGACGCUCGCCUCGCUCCCUCAGUUGUUUUCGUCGUUACCAAAGUUCAACACGGUCCUUGUUUCUGGCUGAUUAACCGAAUACCUGCUGUGGUUUUUUCCCUCUAAAUCGCCACAUAUCGACUUUAAAGAUGUCCGCUGUGGAGCUGCAGGCCGCGCGUGUGGGGGCAGAAAACCCGCUGCAGAUGGGCAAAGCCACCGAGCCUGCGGCGAGGAGAGCCGCGCUGGGAGAGCUGACCAACUUCCGCGGCCCGGCGGGGAACACACAGGUACACACACAGAAAGCAGAGAAAGACGCAGCUCCAGCCAAACCAGCUCUCAACCAAAGAGCGAAGCGCGCUGUGGCUCAGCCGGCCCGCAGGAAAGCCUCGGCCCCGGCGGCUGAGGAGCCCCUCCCCGCCUUGGCAGAGGAGCCGGCCGACGUGUCCAUGACGGAGGAGCAGGAGCUGUGCCAGGCCUUCUCCGAAACGCUCCUCACCGUGGAGGAUGUUGACGAGAACGACGGGGACAUGCCGCAGCUCUGCUCUGAAUACGUCAAAGAUAUCUAUGCCUAUCUGCGCGUCCUGGAGGUGCAGCAGGCUGUGCGACCCAGGUACAUGCAGGGUUACGAAAUCACCGAGCGCAUGCGUGCUCUGCUGAUCGACUGGCUGAUCCAGGUUCACUCCCGGUUCCAGCUGCUGCAGGAGACGCUCUACCUGACUGUCGCCAUCUUGGAUCGUUUCCUCCAGGUCCAGCCUGUGUCUCGCAGAAAGCUGCAGCUCGUCGGCGUGACGGCCAUGCUGUUGGCCUCCAAGUAUGAAGAGAUGUACAGCCCCGAGGUGGCAGACUUUGCCUACAUCACAGACAACGCUUUCACAAAGUCCCAGAUCCUGGAGAUGGAGCAGGUGAUGCUCCGGUGCCUCAAGUUUGACCUGGGGCGCCCUCUGCCACUACACUUUCUCAGGAGAGCUUCAAAGGUUGCAGAUUCUGACGCACAGAGGCACACACUCGCCAAGUAUCUCAUGGAGCUGACCCUCCUUGACUACGACAUGGUGCACUACCGGCCCUCUGAGAUCGCAGCUGCCUCCUUGUGCCUCGCCCAGCUGCUGCUGGAACAGCUGCCGUGGUCUCUGACACAGCAGCACUACUCGACGUACGACGAGGCCCACCUCAAGCCAAUCGUGCAGCACAUCGCCAAAAAUGUUGUGACCAUCAACGAGGGGAAAACCAAGUUCCAGGCUGUCAAGAACAAAUACUCGAGCAGCAAGCUGAUGAAGAUCAGCCUGAUUCCUCAGCUCAAGUCGGCGGUGCUGAAGACGAUGGCUGCUCCUCUGCUCGACAAUCCCUGAAUCAUCUACAUUUCAGAAUGAUUUGAUUUUACUUGCACUUUAUUUUUAGCCUGAUUCAGUCCUGUAAAGGAAUUUUAUUAGCUUUAUUUAAAGUUUUUUGUGUGUUUUGAGAUUGUUUUAUUUUCUCUUUAAAUUCGUUCUUAAAACUUUUUGCUGUUUUGUCUGAGGUUUUUUGCGGUACAUUUUCUCCCAGCAUGCCUGCAGGUUGUCAGUCACACCUACCCGGGCUUGCAAAUCACUGAUCAGUGUUUGCAAGGACAGGUUUUACCUUUAAGCCAGUGGUUCUAAAACUUUUCAAUAAUGUACCCCUCUUUAAAUAUGUUUCAGCCAAGUAACCCCUGACAGUGCAAAAAUUGGAACUUGCUAAAAAAAAAACCCUGUUAUGCAGAGGUUCAGCCGAGCUCCAUCAGUGUGAAACCACCUGAUACUGAGGUUUCUUUCUCCUUUUUG